AUGGACACGUCGCCUCAGGCUGUCCUCCGAUCUUUGCAGGGAAUCUCUGGGAGUGUCUCAGCGAACAGGUAUCUCACAGCCGCAGGUCUUACGCUGUUAAUCUAUGACACUGUGUUGACGCUCGGCGACGAAAUACGUCUCGUAUGGUUCCAGCCGAUCGACGUUACGAAGCUAGUGUUCCUGUUUACUCGAUACGGUGUUAUAUCCGCCCUACUCUCUGUAGCAAAUGUCACGAGUGGCAUGGCAUCCCACACAACGAAAGUAAGUGUCACUCAUGCUAUGCUCUGUCAAGGAUGGAUAAUCGCUGUCGGGGUGUCCACUAUUCUUUCUACCGCUUCGACCAACUUCGUUCUGAUCGUUCGCGUUUAUGCGCUAUAUGACCACAGGAAGAAGAUCUUGCGAAUCUUGAUAUACGCAUGUGUAUUGACCUUUUCCAUUGGAAUGGUUUUCGGAGCUUUAGCGCUGCGUGAAUUGAUAGCUAGCAUGAUCUGGGAGCCGCUUUUAUAUCGGACAUGUAUCCUCACGUCGCAGCCUCAUUAUCUUGUCGGAUACUGGGCGCCACAGGUUGCAUUCGAAUUGUUCACCUUUCUGCUCACAAUUUUUAACGCUGCGGAACGCCCACGGCGUGCUCAAAGCAAGUUAGUCACAGACUUGUACCGCGACGGAUUUCUGUAUAUCUUUAUACUUUUCUGGAUUCGCGUAUUGAACAUGGCGCUGAGUGCCGUUCCGGAUGCGGCGUACAACUUGUUGACACCAUUCUUUACAUGGUCCGUCACUAUCCUGACACUUUCGCGCUUGGUUCUACGGGUAGAGGAUAUGAGGCGCAGGGCCGGUACAAUGCACGGCCACGUUGAUGCGUUAGAAUUAACGUUGCAGCAUGAAGCUCACGUCGAGGCGGCGGUGGCCGGCCGUUUUCCCUUCAUCACUGUGAACACAGUGACGACGGAGGCCGUUAUAUAG